UGUCACCUGAUUCACACUGAACUUUUUAAAUCUCCCCACCCCCGAGCAGACACACACACACAUUAGGAGACCGCCCACCGCAGACAGCUAAGACCCCCGUAUAGAUUUAAAGAGAGACUGCAUUCAGAGCCUGACGUUCAUUCAAUAGAGCGAUCAUAAGCAGGCUGGCUGGUGCUCGCUCCGUCUCCCUACUCCCCUUCACGCUGUUCCUGUGUCUCUCUCACUCCCUGCUACGUUGAGGAUGUUAAAUCAGAGGAUCCACCCGGGCAUGCUCGUACUCCUGAUGUUUCUCUACCACUUUAUGGAGGAUCACACAGCGCAGGCUGGGAACUGCUGGCUCCGGCAGGCGCGGAACGGCCGCUGCCAGGUCCUCUACAAGACCGACCUCAGCAAAGAGGAGUGCUGCAAGAGCGGCCGCCUGACGACCUCGUGGACGGAGGAGGACGUCAACGACAACACGCUCUUUAAGUGGAUGAUUUUUAAUGGGGGAGCCCCUAACUGCAUCCCGUGCAAAGAAACAUGUGAGAACGUGGACUGUGGACCUGGGAAGAAAUGUAAAAUGAACAAGAAGAACAAACCUCGGUGUGUUUGUGCUCCGGAUUGCUCUAAUAUCACUUGGAAGGGCCCUGUGUGUGGCUUAGAUGGGAAAACCUACAGGAACGAGUGUGCCCUUCUCAAAGCCAGAUGUAAAGAACAGCCUGAACUUGAAGUCCAAUAUCAGGGCAAGUGCAAAAAGACCUGUAGGGAUGUUUUAUGCCCAGGCAGCUCCACGUGUGUGGUGGAUCAAACUAAUAACGCCUACUGUGUGACAUGCAAUCGAAUUUGCCCUGAGCCUACCUCCCCUGAGCAGUAUCUCUGUGGAAAUGAUGGCAUAACUUAUGCCAGUGCCUGCCACUUGAGAAAAGCGACCUGCCUGCUGGGCAGAUCCAUUGGAUUAGCCUACGAGGGAAAAUGCAUCAAAGCGAAGUCCUGUGAAGAUAUUCAGUGCAGUGCUGGGAAGAAAUGCUUGUGGGAUUUUAAGGUUGGCAGAGGUCGAUGUGCCCUCUGUGAUGAGCUCUGCCCUGAAAGCAAGUCAGACGAGGCAGUCUGUGCCAGUGAUAACACGACUUAUCCGAGCGAGUGUGCCAUGAAAGAAGCAGCCUGCUCCAUGGGCAUGCUUCUAGAAGUAAAGCACUCUGGAUCUUGCAACUCCAUUAAUGAAGACCCAGAGGAAGAAGAGGAAGAUGAAGACCAGGACUACAGCUUUCCUAUAUCUUCCAUUCUAGAGUGGUAAAACUUCCAUCACUAUUGGGACAGCCAUUGGGCACGAAAUCAAUGUCCAUACUGUAAAUAAGUGUAUGCUUAUUUAUUUUGGGGAGAAAAAAAAAAAAGUAUACAUAUAGUUGAGUCUCGUAGACAUUUAUUUAUACUGUGUCAUGUUUUAUAAUUUAUACAUAAAAUGUCUGGUUGACUGUACACCUUGUUUUUUGAAGAAGUUUAUUCGUUACGGGAAGAGCAGUGUUAUUUAUUGUGAGGUCUCUUGCUUGUAAAGUAAAGCUUUUCUUUUUUCUUGUGAACUAUGAAAGUCCAUUCCUUAAAACUUACCUAAAAAGAUGGUUUCAUCUUUUUGUUUUAUUGGGGUUAUCUUUUUUCCACUUUAAAAAACUUUGCAUGUUGGUUUCUGUUAUGUUUAUUUAUUGGAUUUUCUUCUUGCCGGUUCUGUACAUAAAAGAUCCCUCGGGUUUUUGUUUACAAGGAAUCUUGACUGACCAAAAGGCAUUGUAACUGACUUAAAUAUACUUCCAGGGUGCAGUGAGGCGAUCUUUAAGGAAACUUCUCCCACUUCACUUUUCUCUGCUUCUGAUCACAUCAUGUCCUGAUGCGAUCUCAAUGUGUUUAGCAUAUAUACUGUACUAUAAGAAUUCCAGACCCAAAGAAAUCGGAUUAUGAAGGUUGUUAAUAGCUACAGAGCUCACUGUAAUAAGAAUAAGGGUUUUAUUUUAUUUUUAUUCUUCUCUUUUGUAACACGCGUGUUUAUCAGGUGUUUCCUUUAAGAUGGUCUUGCAGUACAACCUUCAAAGUUUUGUUUUGCCAAUCAGCAUGUCACUAAAAGUUAUAUCAAAGCUUUAUCAGUUCAAGUUUCUUGCUUUUCAUAAUAGUUUUUUUUUUUUUCUGAUGCAAUUUUAUAUUUUCAAACAUGGCGAGUUAAAUAUAAAUUCAUUUAAAUAUAUAGUUUUGUACUUUUCUACCAUGUAAAUGUGCAAUGUAUAUAAAAGUUAUAAUGUGUAUUUGUAAAUAAAUGAUGAGUGAAAAAAUAAAAAAAAUGGAAUUUUCCCUAGA